UAAUUUAUGUAGACUGCGUUCCUAAAGAUCAAGACCCUCCACAGCAUGGACACACGAGGACUCAGCACUCAGCUAAAAGUGCGACAAUGUUCUCAAUGUCAGGGGGACACCGAGUUUCACUGUAACACAUGUAAACGUGAUAUGUGUUUACGGUGUAAAGAGAAACAUGUCAUUAAUCUAGAUACAAUAUACCAUGAUGUUGUGAUUUACCGUGAUAAGUAUAACUACAGCCCCACACAAGAGAUCGUUGUCAGACAUCCAGACAGGUUCGAUUUUGGAAUCUCUAGUCGAGAGCUCUGUAAUUCUGUCUCUACUUUAUUUAGACUCGCUCCCAUGUAUACAGACAUAAAUCUACAGGACAAUAGAACAACCUAUCAAAAAAAGCGACAACAACACAGAGAAAUCAUUGACAACAUCAGAAGUGAGACUCUCUAUAACUGUCGUGUUCUCCUGGCAGGAAUCCAAACUGAUAUCCAAACUUGUCCCCCACAAAUCUGUCACCGUCAAUCACAGAUGUCAACAAAAGCCCAGAGACUGAAGGAUCUGAUUGACACUGCGGUAUGUGAUGUUAAAACAAGAUACCGAGGUUUAUUGAUUGAUAGAAUACAACAACAGAAGAGAAAAAUGAACAGACACCUCACCCACAUACAGAACUAUGAAGACAGAUAUGAACAAUCAGCAAACAGAGCGGUACCUUUCCUCUUGUUUAUAAAGACCAGUCGUGUCCCCCAGAUAAAGGACAUCCCUAAUCUUCCACAACACCUUCUGCGGUCCCUGACUGAGGAAUUCAACAUGGAGGAUGUGAGUCAGUUAUUGAGGGGAAUCCAAGAAAUCCAAAUUAUAACAGGAAAACGACAAGUAGGAAUAGAUCAGUGUCUGAAACUGACGUCAACACCUGUAUUACACACGUCUGUCUGUGUGACAGGUGUUAGUCAUGUGGACCACAUAUCUCGUGUGAUGUCAGACCGGGUCUGGGUCUCUGAUAGAAUCAAUCUCAUCUUGUCCGACAAAACAGGAGACACUAUACGGCGUGUGACAGGUAUAACAAUAUUGGAUAAAGGAUUACACACAGUUAACAGUUCUGGAGACCUGAUUUAUAUAGACAUUGAACUUAACAUCAAGGAACUGUUUAGAAAAAAUAACACGGUCACCACACUGUUACGUAGUACAUCACAAUGGACACCAGUCUCCGUGUACUGUUCCCCGUGCACCGGAGAUUUGAUGAUCGGGAUAUUUAACAUUGAUACAAAGACAGGCAAGGUAACCCGGUACAACAGUAGUGGUCAACACAUCCUGACUAUACAACACGACAACACAGGUCACAUACUGUAUAGUGAGCCUCAAUAUAUCACAGAGAACAAGAACGGUGAUAUUAUUGUGUCUGACUUUGGCCGUGCUGUAGUGGUGACAGAACGCGGGGGGAGACAUCGAUUCUCCUACAGGGGACCUUCAUCAGGAUCACCAUUUUAUCCACGUGGAAUAUGUACAGACGCGAUGUCACAUAUCCUGGUGUGUGAUAAUAAAACCCACACAGUACAAAUGAUUGACAAGGACGGUCAAUUUCUGUCUCUGUUACUGACACAACAGCACGGGAUAAACACACCACGCAGCCUGAAUUAUGAUGAUAAAACUCACCUUCUCUGGGUCGGAUCAGGGGACAACAACACAGUGUCUGUAUAUAGAUAUAUACAAAGGAGUCACUCUCUGACUGAUAAUCCAGACAGAGAUGAGCGGAUCACGGAAGAUUCAAGUUAGGAGAUUCAGGAAUCAGUAUAUAAGUCCUCUCCAUAGAAGGGCAUUGCUGAAUCAGGUAGAAGUGGAGAUAAUUGUGUAGAGGAAAAUGAUGAUAAUGAGAAAUCAGAGGAAUCUGAUGAGGACACUCCUGAAUCUGACGAGGACACUCCUGAAUCCCGCUGUCAGUGGUGUCUCAACAUUUCCAAUUGUCAAAAUGAAGUUGAAAUAAGUCAAUGCAUGCAAAGAUAUGUAUUGUGUGAUUUGAAAGACGAGAGACCCAAGGGCCAUAUUAGUUGUGUCAUCUUUUAUACGUAAUGUUCCAAAACUCAUUCUGUCGUAACACUUGACAUAAAAUUUUCAUUUCUGAGGAGUGUUUGGAAAGUGAGUAAACUGAUUCUGAUGGUGAGGAUGUUCCUGAUAAAAAAACUCGAGGAUGAGCAGAAACCAUGAAAUAGGUGAUAACAGUGAUGAUAAGGAUUUAGAGGAGACCUGCGAAAAUGAGGAUAAAUAAGCAGAUCUGGUUAAUUACAUUGAAAUAAUACAGGUAUUUCGCCAAGUAAACAAACGACUUUUCCCACUAAGUUCGUUGCCUUUCUUAGAAUUUCUGUCAUAUUUGAAGCUGAAAUGGUCAGUCACUAAAAUUACCAUCAUGUAUCCUCCAAAGUAUUUAUCUUCUAGAAUAUUGCAGUUCUGUAUUGAUUAUAUAUUAAAUUGUGUAUAUAUUUAGAUAUCUGAUUUGUUAUUAACAUUGCAUUGUUUGAAGAAUGUUAUAUCAGAAUAUAAUAUUUCCACGUAAAA